UUACCUUUUAGUUUUCUUCCCGAUCUAUAUAUUCAUUUCCGUUUAGUUUUUUUCGAAAAUUAAAUCCUUAAAUUUUACAUAAUGCAAAUGCUCAACUCAAAGUAAAAGAAAGAGGGAUUAAAAACACUUUUAUCAAUACGGUUUUUCUUUAAGAAAACAUGACCAGAUCAUCUAGAUUUAUCGCAUGUAGUAACAUUACACUAAAUUUUUUAACAUUUUUACCAAAAAAAAAAAACAUUACACUAAAUGUAAUUUAGCUUAAAACAAAUGCAGUAUUGAUGUAUGAAUGUUAAGACUAAGUACAACUAUACGAAACUUUAUAUAAUAUAUUCGUGCUUAUAUUAGAGCUUUGAUAAACUUCAGUAUAUGAAACUAAGAGUUCAAAAUCGUAAGUAGAAUUAAGUUUCCCACACGUAAAUUAAUAAUAGCAAAACUAUGCAAUUCACUUUUUCCAAUAAACACAUGUAAACCAUUUAACGAGAGGACAAUCAGAGGUCUGUUGAUAAUUGCAUUGAAAUAAAGAUAUAUAAACAUAACUUUACAAAGAGAAUAGUUUUUUUUUUAUAUUACUAUAGUGAAAAUCAUACAUUAAGCUAAAUAUUUUUUUUUUGCUAUAUGGAUAUAUCAGACUCUAUCUUAAACAAUGUGUACAUCGAAAGUUCAGGUUCUAAGAAUUAACUUCUGCUAGUUAAAUGGUCAAUUCUAUAUAUGUGUGCGUAUACAUGUACACAAUAAUGAGCAUAUAAUAGUAUAAAAUAAGAAUCAAAUAAACUAAGAUUUUCUUUUGUAUCCCGCCAAUUAGGAGACAGAUCAUUAGUUAGUUGAAAUGUUGGCUUUCAAGUUUCGGAUCCAACGCACGUUAUCUCUCCUUCUCUUUCCUUAACUUUGCUUUUCUCUUUUCUCUCUCUCGAGUUCGACUAUAAUGGCAGAUAUUUGCUGCGUCAAGGAGAUCCAAGAAGAAGACGUCGACAAGAUCCUAUUACCGACACGGCCUGAUCAACUGAUCCUCCCCGAUCACGAAGAUCCAACGGUCAACAACGACGAUGGGUGCAAGACUCCAACGUCUUCCGCUCACAAGAUUCCAGCGGCGAAGUAUACGUUAUGCCCACCAGCUCCAAGAAAGCCCGGACCAAAAAGAAAAGUGACACCGGUUAAUGUUGUUAACCAUGUACCGAUUGAUCUGAGCCUGGAGAUCGAGAUGUUCUUCGAGGAUUUGGACCGCAGGAUCAAAAAGUCACGGAAACAAUAAGAAGAAGACCAAGAAGAGUAUAUUGAUCAUUUCUAAUUUAUGACUGUGUGGUGGUAAUUGAUCCUUUUAAUUUUUCCCUUCAUUUGUUCUUUUCAUUUUCUGUAUAAUACAAGUGGCAUGUUGAUAAUUAACAAUAAAAAUGUAUCUCACAUGAAUCCUUUUAUU